AUUCGCUUUCCUUGUGUCAAUUGAAUGGUCUCUAAGGGAAUUUGGGGAGCCCUGAGGAUUUAAGUGUUGGUUUUGGUAUCCAGCAUAUUGGUCUGGAUUUUGGAUCCGGGGAAUCCCUUUAGAAAAAUGAGCCGCUGACCAAGUCUGAGACUAUAGCUGCGCCUAACCGCACCGAUUCUGCCCAACAAGGUAGAGUCGAACGCAAGGGGGCUCAGCUGGAACCUCGUGACUCAGUGGACAGGGACCUGAGUGCAUUUGUAUAUUGGUAGACACAAUGGGUUUGGGUAGCUCCCGAGAAGAAGAUUCUGCUUCCCCAUUAGGAUGCAUGCUGAGGAAUUUUGGUAAAUUUAAGGGAGACUAUGGAAUAGAAAUGACACAAGAUGACUUGAUUAUAUUUUGUCAGAAGGAAUGGCCCACUUUCGGGGUUGGAUGGCCAGAAGUUGGUUCUUACAAUGUAAAAUUAGCUAAUGCAGUUUCAAAUGUGAUAACCCGGGACGGCCACUGGGAUCAGUGGCCGUAUAUAGAUUGUUGGAUAAGUGCUAUAAUGAAUCCUGUUCCCCCAUGGGUUCAGAAGUGUAAAAAGAAAAUGUGUAAGAUGUUAUUGGCAAAAGACACUGGGAGAACAGCCCAAGUCCUUCCUGAUUCUGGUAGUGAGGGAGAUCUGAUUCAGGGACCAGGACACAGAGUUAGAACUGAGUCACCUGUCAGCCCCAGUUCCAGGAGUCAGGAGUCACCAUCAUCAUCUCAGAUGGACUCUAGCCCCAGCUCCAGGAGCCAGGAAUCAUCACCAUCAUCCUCAUCAUUCCAAGAGGAUCCUGACUUGUUGGGCAGGGAGAGGUCAGAAAGUCCCUCAGUAGUACCCCUAACUGGCCUCGGGGUUUCAGGAGAAAAGAAGGGAAAAGACCCAGAGAAUCUCCCACCAACAGCUCCCCCUUAUGAGGAAACGGACAGCUUCCCAGAGGGGCUGGCUCAGCUCAAAUCAGCGUUAAAGCUCGUGGAAUCCUGGCAUGAUAAAAUCCCCCGGAGUUCCCAUAACAAGAACCUCAAUUACAAUUGUCCCAUGAGACAAGUAGUGACUCCAGGAGAAGGGGGGGGAACAACCUUCGUUUACGUACCCUUUCACACGUCAGAUUUGUUUAAUUGGAAGAAUCAAAAUCCUUCUUUUAGAGAAGACCCCGAUAAGAUGCAAAAUCUGUUUCAGUCAGUAGGGCAAACCCACCGUCCUACCUGGGCUGAUGUUCAAAUGAUGCUGCAUACCCUCCUGACCUCUGAGGAAAGGCGGAUGGUACAGGGAGUAGCGGAUAAGAUAGCUGAGGAGCGGGUAGUAGCCCCUGGAGGGGACCUGCGUGCUGUAUGUCCUAUUGAGAGUCCCAAUUGGGAUAACGACUCAGAGGAAGGGAGAGAUCUGAAUCGUCAAUGUCUGGGGAUUAUAGUAGAAGCUCUGGGUAAGGCAGUACCACGGGUACCAAACCUCUCCAGGAUAUGCGAGGUCCGCCAAGGAAAGAAUGAAUCUCCCUCAGCCUUCCUCGAGCGGUUGUAUGAUGCCUUUAAGAAAUUUAGUGAAAUAAACCCUGAGGCUUCAGAAAAUUACCGCAUGGUGAAUAUGCUGUUUUUUGGGCAGGCGGCCCCAGAUAUAAGGAAGAAGUUGCAAAAAGUUGAAGGAGGACCAGGGAAACCCCUUUCAGAGCUAGUGGAAAUUGCGUAUAAAGUCUAUGGGAACCGGGAUCAAAUAGCAGAAAAGGAGGAGGAGAAGCGUGGACAGAAGCAAAUGGCCAUGCUAGCAGCCGCCUUAAGCAAGAGUACUAAUGGCAAUGGAGGAUAGAAAGGGCAACCAGAGGGGGGGGCAGAAGAAAGGAAGAGGUCAGCCGCAGCUGGAUGAAUGUGCAUAUUGCCGGGAAAAAGGACAUUGGAAAAAAGAUUGUCCUAAGCUACAGGAUAAAAAGAGGGAAACCCAACGAGGGGACCGCCAGAUGCUAGCAGAAUCCUCAGGAGAAGAUUCUAUCUGAAGGGUCCAGGGAUUCAAGGCCACCGCCCUACAGGCAAACGCCCGGAAGGAUCCCAUGGUACAGAUUAGGGUAGGUGGCAGAGAUUAUGAGGCCCUAGUGGAUACUGGGGCCACCUUUUCAAUGAUUCCUGUGAAACCCCCUUUAGCUAAAGGAAGCGGAAAGUAUGUAACGAUAGAAGGGAUAGAGGGAAGACGGAUCAGAUUGCCUGUAUAUAAGCCCCUCCUCACGAAGAUUGGGAAUAAUAAACUGGAGCAUGCAUUUGUAGUAUCACCUGCCUGCCCAGUAGCACUAUUGGGACGGGAUUUGCUAACAAAACUGCAAGCGGAAAUCUUCUUCCGUGAAGAUCAAAUCGUAGUGCAAUUACCGGUAAAGCAAGGCUCAAACUACCAGAUGGCUUUACGGACAGUUGAGACAAGAUCAGAACCCAAAGGGAUUGAGAUUUUAGAAAAUGUGGAUCCCUGUGUAUGGGUAGACGGAACUCCUGCCCGAGCAAAAUAUGUACACCCUGUAAAAAUUCCCCUGAGGGAAGGAGAAGGUCCUGUGUGUGUCAAACAAUAUCCUCUGAAGAAAGCCACUCGAAUAGGCUUGAAGCCACUAAUUGAAAAAUUUAAGAGGUAUGGGUGGUUAAUAGAGGGAUCAUCCCCCUUUAACACCCCAAUCUUGGGUGUACCCAAAGCAGAUGGAAUCUCUUUUAGGCUGGUACAAGACUUAAGGGCCAUAAACAAAAAGAUUUUAGUGGACCACCAUACAGUCCCAAAUCCCCACACCAUCUUAACCCAGGUUCCAGCGGAUGCUGAGGUAUUCUCUGUGCUAGAUUUAAAAGAUGCUUUCUUCUCUAUUCCACUACAUGAAGAUAGUCAGAAAUUGUUUGCCUUUGAAUGGGAUGGGAGCUGACAUGGAGAUACACACUCCACAUGGGGUUCCCCAGAUUCUCGGAGGAGAAGGAGGGAAAUUUUUGAACCCCUCCAGACAAUCGAGAUAUGAAAUCUUUCUUUUAUCUAAUCCAGGUCUUACCUUCAAGCACAGCACAGCCUUAAAUCCAGCGACUCUACUGCCAGAGCCGGGGCCUCCGGGUCAUGAUUGUUUAGAAGUAUUGACACAGACAGCACUAAUUCGUCCUGAUUUGAACGAUGACCCAAUUGAGAACCCGGAGGAGGAAUUCUUUGUAGAUGGUUUGAGCAGUGUGAUACAGGGUGUGCAAUAUACCGGAUGUGCUGUGGUGACAUUGACAGAAACGGUAUGGAAAGAAAAGCUCCCUGCGACAUGGUCAGCACAGGCAGCGGAGCUCAUGGCCCUAACUUGUGCACUAGAAUUGGGAAAAGAUAAAAGGGUUUGCUGCAUCCUUCCAGAGCCUUCCGCUUGAUGCACCAGCCCACAACUUCAAACCGGGUUACCAGGUCCUGGUACAGAAGUGGAAAAAAGAUCCUCUUGCGGAAAAGUGGGAAGGACGCUAUCAGGUGUUGCUGACUACGCACACGGCUGUCCGCUUAUCAAACAGCGACAAGUGGACCCACUAUUCAAGAGUGAAGCCUUUUCAUCCGGAGGACACCAACUCCCAGGGUGUGGUCACUCCGGAAGCUGACAACACCCGGGAACAAGAAGCCGACAAGUGGACAAGUGAACCAGUAGGAGAUCUGAAGUUACGCUUACACAAAUGUGGACUCUAAUCUAUUUUUUUGGCUACCGUGCAUCAUGACCCUUCUGAAACGGACUGUUCGAUCAGUUGUUAACCGUGAAAUGUUUGUACACUAUCAGAAAUUGGCUAUCGCAGACACUUAUUAAAAAUUUAGAGUAAGAAAGCAUCUGAGGGGGGAGUUGUAGUAAAAAGACGUUAGCCCCCAUAAUUUUGCAGUAAUGCUUGAGCAACAACCAUAUGAUAGAAGUGUCUUAUGACCAUCUUAUGACCCUUUUGUGUAAAGAUCAGGAGGUCUAAUGUCCAAGCUGUGGUUCUUACUGCUUGCCUUGCAUUUUGAAAUCAUCUCUGUCCAGUGCCUUAAGGUUACGUUAAGAUAAGAAGUUACUAAAGUUUAACUAACUUUGUUGAAAUUGCUCUUUUCUUCUGAGCAUGCUGCAAUUCUACCUUUGAGUGCGCACGUACUAACCCUGAUAAGUCACAUUAACCAAUAACUAGUUAAGUACAGCCUACAAGAUAAGACGUCACAAUUAGGAACUGGUACUGCAGCCAAUAAACUUCUAGUACGUCAAGACUCUGUUGAAUGUAAGCUAUAAAAAUGUGAUUCCAGGCCGGACUCAUCGUUGGCCCUGAUUUGAGCUCUCUGCUCCUCGGUCGAACUGUUUGCAAACAAUAAACCUAGAUGGACCCAGCCUGUA